AUGACAGCUACGGCGGCACAAAAAGGUGAACCAGCGCUAUCCGUAGAUCCGGAAACGGCAAUUUUUCUUCCAAGUGGUGGCAAAUCAGAACAUAUGCUUGUUAAUAUAAGUGAAAAACGACUUGCUGUUAAAGUACGUUGUAGUGAUAAUAAUUUGUUUCGAGUAAGCCAAGUUUAUAUGUUCAUAGAGCCAGGCUCAUGUGGUAAUCUUGUGAUAACGAGGCUACCUGGUCCAGUAAAAUCUGAUAAAUUAGUAUUCCACUAUUUCGUUUGUGAACCGAAUGAUUCAGAACCAAAAGAAGUAUUUAAAAUAAAUUCACAAAAGUCACCAGAAAUGCUGAAGUUGCCAAUAAAUAUUAUUUCUGCUGAAGAUGUUCCCAAGAUUGGACAAUCACCAGUGUCUACGAAUCAAAAAGAACGCUAA